GCACCAGGGACAUUGGUUCAGCUCUAACCAGGAUGUAUUGUUUGUGUGUUACAGGAGGCACCAGGGACAUUGGUUCAGCUCUAACCAGGAUGUAUUGUUUGUGUGUUACAGGAGGCACCAGGGACAUUGGUUCAGCUCUAACCAGGAUGUAUUGUUUGUGUGUUACAGGAGGCACCAGGGACAUUGGUUCAGCUCUAACCAGGAUGUGUAUGAGACACAGAAGCAUCGAGGCCAAGCUCAGAGACUUUUCAGUGGCUUUCAUGGACUGCAUGAUCAACCCUCUACAGGAACAGAUGGAGGAGUGGAAGAGAGGAACCAACACACUGGAUAAGGACCAUGCUAAAGAGUACAAGAAAGUUCGGAGUGAGAUCAAGAAGAAGUCUUUAGACACUCUGAAGCUACAGAAGAAAGCAAAGAAAGGGCGAGGAGACGUCCAGCCCCAGCUGAACAGUGCCAUGCAGGACGUCAGUGAUAAAUACCUGCUGCUGGAGGAGACGGAGAAACAGGCCGUCAGGAAGGCCCUUGUCGAGGAGAGGAGCAGGUUGUGUACCUUCGUCUCCAUGCUACGACCUGUCGUGGAUGAGGAGAUCUCCAUGCUAGGAGAGGUCACCCACCUCCAGACCAUAUCUGACGACCUCAAGAUGCUGACCAUGGAUCCUCACAAGCUGCCCCCCGCCAGCGAACAGGUGAUUCUGGAUCUGAAAGGCUCUGACUAUAACUGGUCCUAUCAGACUCCUCCCUCCUCCCCCAGCACCACUAGGUCCAGGAAGUCCAGUAUGUGCAGCAGUCUGAACAGCGUAAACAGUAGUGACUCUCGCUCCAGCGGCACAUCCCACUCUCACUCCCCUUCCUCCUCCUCCUGCUCCUCCCACUACGGCUACCGUAGCUCCACCCUGCCCCAGCAGGCCGCGGCACGACUGUCCUCCAUGUCCUCCCACGACUCAGGAUUCAUCUCCCAGCCAGACACCUCCAAGUCUCCAUCACCCAUGCCCCAGGAACCACUACCGCAGCCUUGCUCCAGCUCAGGCUCGUCUGAGGCCUCCGACACCUGCCAGUCAGUCAGUGAGUGCAGCUCUCCCACCUCAGGAGGGCCUCUGGCUGCAGUUGACAAGUUGUCUAACGGGUAUGACCACUACGGGGAUCACCAUCAUUCAGACUCUUCAUACCUGAUGGGAGGGAGCUCAGGCCUUGGGGGGUCCUACCUGAUGGGAGGGGGCUCAGGCCUGGUGGGUUCCUACCCCCUCUUCCCUCCCUCCUCCCAUUCCACCUCCAUCACCUCCUCCUCCUCCUCCUGUCCGUCCCAGUCGUGGUCCAGGCCGGGCUCGGCCCUGCUACCUGACUACCCUCAUUACUGCACCCUGGGGCCUAACAUGGCCCCCACCUCUAAAGUCCCCAGCUGGAAGGACUGGGCUAAACCAGGACCCUAUGACCAGCCCAUGGUGAACACCCUUAGAAGGAGGAGGGACAAGGAUCCUGUACCAGCAGACACCAGCUAUGCCCCACUACCACUGCCUGCUGGUGUCAUCCCAGCACCAGGGGGCAGGAGUCUACCACUGCCUGCUGGAGUCAUCCCAGCACCAGGGGGCAGGAGUCUACCACUGCCUGCUGGAGUCAUCCCAGCACCAGGGGGCAGGAGUCUACCACUGCCUGCUGGAGUCAUCCCAGCACCAGGGGGCAGGAGUCUACCACUGCCUGCUGGAGUCAUCCCAGCACCAGGGAGCAGGAGUCAAACAUUACCUCCACCACCCAAGGUGUGUGAGAUGGAGACCCAUGAGGAGCUGACUCUGGCCCUGUCCAGAGGUCUACAGCUGGACUCACACACACAGCGUUCCAGUAGGGACUCUCUACACUGUUCUAGUGGCUACAGUACCCAGAGUACCACCCCUUGCUGUUCAGAGGACACCAUACCUUCACAAGUGUCAGACUAUGACUAUUUCUCCAUGGGAGGGGACCAGGAGGUUGACCAGCAGGAGUUUGACAAGUCAUCCACCAUCCCCCGUAACAGUGACAUCAGCCAGUCCUACCGUAGGAUGUUUCAGUCCAAGAGACCAGCCUCCACCGCCGGCCUGCCUUCUACGGCUGGCUCCGUCAUCAUGACCCCUGGGGUCGCCACCAUCCGCCGCACGCCCUCCACCAAGCCCUCGGCCCGCCGCGGGACCACCGGCCCCAUCCCCAUCCGGACCCCCGUCAUCCCAGUCAAGAUCCCCACCGUGCCUGGCCUAGUUGGGGGAGGAUUUCCUGGGGGGCUGGGGAUCCCUGAAGGACCAGGAGUAGGGGCGGAGGAACCAGAGGAGGCCCAGAGCCCCGAGUCUCCAGCCCAGGGAGAGGAGGGGGAGCUGGGUGUACUUCCCCUGGCGUUCUGGAGUGGUCAAGCAACCACAAACCCUCCCUUGGCCCCUCACCAGCCUCGGGUCCAGUGUCAAGGCGAGGGGGGGUCCCUGGAGGAUGGGGGGGUUAUGGAUGGUCAGGAGGGAAACAUGCUGCUGGUUAUCCAGAGAGGGGUCAAGCUGAAGAGGACCAAUACCAACGAUCGCUCAGCACCGCGCAUCGUAUAAGAGGAGAACCACCGUGACACCAUGCAGCGUCAGAGGAGGGUAUCCUACCUAGCUGUACCCAGCUAGCCUACCGCCUGCCCAUUGACAGGACAGACAGGACACAGCUCAUGUCCACUGGUCUCCUGUAUACUACUUACCGUCCAGCGGCCUCACUGACAGACGGGACAGAACAGAACUCAGCUCAUGUCCAUUCCAUGUGAUGCUGUGUGUGGCGACAGACAGAGCUCUGCUCGUAGUCUCAGACAAUGCAGAAGGUGGUCUCUUGUUGGACAGACAGUGGAGCAGCUCAGAGUUGUGUUAAUUAUGUUCUCUCUUAGUUCGGAAUGUGUCAAUAAUUAUGCAUGGUAUUUUCUCUUUGUUGCUUCCUGGGGCCCAGUUCUGUUGACUCUAGUCCUCCCCUCUUCAGUUCUGUUGACUCUCAUCCUCCCACCCCCAUUCCUCCCCUCCUCAGUCCUCCCCUCCUCAGUUCUGUUGACUCUAGUCCUCCCCUCCUCAGUUCUGUUGACUCUAGUCCUCCCCUCCUCAGUUCUGUUGACUCUAGUCUUCCCCUCCUCAGUUCUGUUGACUCUAGUCCUCCCCUCCUCAGUUCUGUUGACUCUAGUCCUCCCCUCCUCAGUUCUGUUGACUCUAGUCCUC